AUGCUGUUCCCCGGGCAGGGCAGUCAGUUUGUGGGCAUGGGAAGAGGACUCAUGAAGUACCCCAAUGUCAAAGAGAUGUUUAAUGCCGCUCAAAGAAUCCUGGGAUAUGACCUUCUAAGUCUUUGUUUAGAGGGACCUGAAGAGGAGCUUAUGAAAACCGUCCACUGCCAACCGGCUGUAUUUGUCUUAUCGCUGGCAGCUAUUGAGAGACUAAACCAUCUUAACCCCAAGGCUAUUGAGUCAUGUGUCGCUGCAGCUGGUUUUAGUGUUGGAGAAUUUGCUGCAUUAGUAUUUUCUGGUGCAAUGACAUUUGAAGAAGCUCUGUAUGUGGUGAAGGUCCGUGCAGAGGCCAUGCAGAAGGCUUCAGAGCUGAUACCCAGUGGGAUGCUGUCAGUGAUGGGCAAACCCCAAGCACAGUAUAAGUUUGCAUGUGUACAGGCCAGGGAGCACUGCAGGAGCCUGGGUAUUGAUGACCCGGUGUGCUCUGUGGCCAACUAUCUAUUUCCUGAUGCUCGAGUCAUUGCUGGGCAUCAACAGGCAUUAGACUUCCUGCAGAAAAACUCAAGGAAGUUUUAUUUCAUGAGGACCAAAGUGCUCUCUGUCAGCGGAGCUUUUCAUACAGAACUGAUGCAGUCUGCUUUGGAACCUUUUCGACAAGUACUACGCCAGGUGGAGGUGCGGCGUCCAGAGAUCAACGUGUACUCCAAUGUGGACGGCAAGCGCUACAUGAAUGAGUCUCACAUCCGGAGACAAUUGCUGAUGCUGAUGACUGGCUAUUUCCUCACAUUGGUGUUUUGUAGGGGGAACCAUGGCUGGGACUGGGUUCAAGUCUCAGAAAAUGAAGACUGGAACUUCUAUUGGAUGAGCAUUCAAACUAUUAGAAAUGUGUUCAGUGUGGACACUGGCUACCGUCUGUCAGAUGACCAAAUGGUGAACCACUUUCCCAAUCACUAUGAACUGACACGGAAAGACCUAAUGAUUAAAAAUAUUAAACGCUACCGCAAAGAUUUGGAAAAGGAAGGCAGCCCAUUGGCCGAAAAGGAUGACAAUGGAAAAUACAUUUAUCUAGAUUUUGUUCCAGUGACAUUUAUGCUUCCUGCUGAUUAUAACCUUUUUGUGGAAGAAUUCCGUAAAAACCCCUCCAGUACAUGGAUCAUGAAGCCCUGUGGGAAGGCCCAAGGCAAAGGCAUCUUCCUCAUUAAUAAACUAUCUCAGAUCAAAAAGUGGUCCAGAGAUAGCCGCACAUCUACGUUUGUGGCAGCGUCCAGUGGCAAAGAGGCCUAUGUUAUUUCUGUGUACAUAGAUAAUCCACUUCUCAUUGGAGGAAAGAAGUUUGAUCUCCGCCUGUAUGUUUUGGUCACAACUUAUCGACCACUCAAAUGUUACAUGUACAAACUGGGCUUUUGUAGGUUCUGCACCGUAAAGUACACUCCCAGCACGAGUGAACUUGACAAUAUGUUUGUGCAUCUCACUAACGUGGCCAUUCAAAAACAUGGGGAUGACUACAACCAUGUCCAUGGAGGCAAAUGGACAGUGAGUAAUCUUCGUUUAUACUUGGAGAGCACAAGAGGAAAAGAAGUUACGAACCGAUUGUUUGACCAGAUCCAUUGGAUUGUAGUGCAGUCUCUUAAAGCUGUAGCUCCUGUUAUGAACAAUGAUAAGCACUGUUUUGAGUGCUAUGGGUAUGACAUCAUCAUUGAUGACAAGCUCAAGCCGUGGCUUAUCGAGGUGAAUGCUUCCCCUUCAUUGACCUCCAGCACAGCUAAUGACCGUAUUCUCAAGUAUAACCUCAUUAAUGACACGCUGAACAUAGUGACGCCCAAUGGGGACAUGCCUGACUGCCGCUGGAACCGCAGCCCCCCACGAGAUGCUAUGGGCAACUAUCAAGUCUUGUAUGAUGAAGAGCAGGCACAAACCGAAAAUGCCGAACGUGACCUUAGGAGCCGCUCAGAAAUACUCACGCUAAAGGCCCUGAGUGUAAAUUAG